UCCCGACUUUGGAUGACCGACACGGGGUUAAAUAAUACAUUAAACAUACAUGAAUACAUAAUUGACUGUUUAUGUCAAUAGUUACCACUUUAUCUCAAAUAGUUGUCGUCUUGUGCUGUUGUCCUCUAGGUUUACGUAACGUUCUUCGAGGGAGUUUAGCAUGUAGCAUUCUGGACGCUAUUAGCUAGCGAGCUAACUAACGGUUUAGCUAAAGUAAGGCGAAAUAUUCCGUCUUAAAACGUCUAAAAAUGACUGUCGCGUAUAUCGUAGUUGUGUAACUUUCUGCUUGUGUAAGGGGAAAGCGGAGGGUAAAGCAGCCGAAAGAAGACCACAUUCCACGGAGACUCAGCAAAAAAUACCAGAAAAUAGACGGCGCCAUUAAAAUAACAAGAAUAAACAAAAAUGGCCGCCGUCGUGUUAUAAAGCAUAUCCAAUAAUACCUCAAGUUUUUCUUUAAGUGGAGGAAGAAGAUACUUACUUGCUUGGGGCUGAUGUCUGCUCCAGGAAGAGUGUCGAUGGGCGACAGCCGACGGGGGUGCUGGAGCCUAUGUCAGCUGCAUUCGGGCGGAAGGCGAGAUACACCCUGGACAAGUCACUACCUCAUCACAGGGCCAACACAGAUAGACAGACAACAUUCACACUCACAUUCACACCCUAGGGCCAAUGUAGUGUUGCCAAUCAACCUAUCCCCAGGUGCAUGUCUUUGGAGGUGGGAGGAAGCCCAAGUACCCGGAGGAAACUCACGCAGUCAUGGGGAGAACAUGCAAACUCCACACAGAAAGAUCCCGAGCCCGGGAUUGAACCCAGGACUGCUCAGAACCUUCGUAUUGUGAGGCACAUGCACUAACCCCUGGUUCACCGUGCUGCCCAUUACCGCAACAUGCGGAGUCUCCGUCGCCCCCCACAUUACACCCAUCCAGCUGCAGGGGGAACUUAGGCAAAGAGGGGCGACCCAGCCAGACUGCCGCACUCUCAGCGGCGCUUCUGACGGAGCUCAGGCCGAGCAGAGGCGUCAUGAUGUCGGCUGUGGAGACGUCGGCGUGCCGGCCUGCUGCAGCACAUCUGCUCAACUGGGUCUACAUGUCCCUGCAGGACGACGCCCGGGACUCGAACCACUUGGAGCCCACUGCUGCUGACCUGACCACCAACUACCUGAACAACUUCUUGCACCUGAGGACCGAGUCCUUCAACAACAACCUGUGCAAGGUUUCCUCGCCCCACGGUUCCCUGGGCAACAUCGUGGAAGGCCUGAGCUGUCUGGCGGACCACUUCUCCAACCUCUCCCUGUCCCCCGACUCCCGCAAGCACGGCAGCAAGAGGCCUCCUCCGCCAAACUACCUUUGCCACCUUUGCUUCAACAAGGGUCACUACAUCAAAGAUUGUCCACAGGCUCGACCCAAGGGCCAAGGCCUGACGCCCUAUCAGGGCAAGAAGAGAUGUUUCGGCGAGUACAAAUGCCCGAAAUGCAAGAGAAAGUGGAUGAGCGGAAACUCUUGGGCCAACAUGGGGCAAGAGUGCAUUAAGUGCCAUAUCAACGUGUACCCUCACAAGCAGCGUCCUCUGGAGAAGCCGGAUGGGCUGGACGUGUCCGACCAGCGCAAGGAACAUCCGCAGCACUUGUGUGAGAAAUGCAAAAUCCUGGGCCACUACUGCCGCCAGGACGAAUAAUAGUGUAACUCUGUGGUCG